GGAGUCGCUCAGUGUCACAGAGACACAUGGCAGCUCGCCUCAAGUCGCUGGAGAACAAGGUCCAUACCUUGGUGGACGCCCGGGUCUGUGAGAAAAAGGAGCAAACUGAGAUUGUACCAACAGAGGAGCAGCCUCAGGUUCCCCAAACCAAAUGUGAUCGCCAGACGAUGGUGAACUUACCCAGCACAAGUCAAGCUGUUCAGUCUGGACUGCCGAGCUGGACACACCCGUGCCGUGACGUCACCACAGACCGGAAGCUCGACGAGAACUCGGACACCGCGCUGUUCCUGCAGCUUCUGGAGAACUUCAGCUCUCACCACCAGACCUCUGUGACUGCUGGGAACCAUCAGGCCGGGGCUGCUGUCUUACAGACUCCUCCUCCUCCUCCUCCUCUUCCCCCUCCCUCUCCUCCUCCCCCUCCUCCUCCCCCUCGUCCUCCUCUCACUAAACCCCCUAUCAAACACGGUAGAGAUGAACCUUUUACCAAUGUGCAGACCAGGGACGAAGAAUUACGAAAUGUUCUCCGAGAGUUUCUGAGUCUCGUUGAAGGAUUGAAAGGUUCACGUGGGGACGUGAUACGUGACAAGGUGGGACGUGGUCAGGUGUCACGUGGUGAGAUGGGACGUGGUGGUGGGAUGGGACGUGGUGGUGAGAUGGGAUGUGACAAGGUGGGACAUGGCGAGAAGGGUCUGGGUCAGAGCGGAGAGCAGACGUCUGUGCGUCCUCAGUGUGUGGACAAAAUGAGCUGUCCGAUAAGUGAGGUGGUUCAGGAGGCAGGCUGUGUGGAAGUGGGUGGGGAGGUGGGUGGGGAGGUGUGUGGGGAGAUGUGUGGGGAUAUGUGUGGGGAGGUGUGUGGGGAUAUGUGUGGGGAGGUGUGUGGGGAUAUGUGUGGGGAGGUGGGUGGGAAUAUGUGUGGGGAGGUGGGUGGGAAUAUGUGUGGGGAGAUGUGUGGGAAUAUGUGUGGGGAGGUGUGUGGGAAUAUGUGUGGGGAGGUGUGUGGUCCAGGGAGGUCCGUGAGGGAAGCGGAGGAUUUCCUCUACACAGGGCUGGUGGGUCUGGUGGGUCUGUCUGAUCGCUGCAGUUGUCGGGGACAGGUGGGGGAAGGGAUGUCGCUACAGGAGAACCACCAACAGCAACAUCAACAGCAGCGACAACAACAUCAGAAGCAACAGCGUCAACAACAGCAACAACAGUCGAUGAAUCUGUCACAGCUGACCCACAAGAAACAGCUGGCACAGCUGCACCCGGGGGUCAGAGGUGAGCACACGACCAGCGACUCACGUCAUGCACGCACUCUGUCAUCCCCUCCUGGAGACCCGAGGGUACUGCGCCCAGUACGCGCGUGA